CAGAUAACAAAACAAUCGGUUUCGUUGGUGAUCAACAAAACUACGCGGUGCCGAAACUGUAAAUAAAAUAACAAAAAAGACGUGAAAUUAAGUGUUAAAUUGUAAAAUGAGUGGUCCUAACGGGAUGCUGUAUGGUGGCGAUGAAAUAGGCGCGCUGGUUUUCGAUCCUGGGCAUCAUUCCUUGCGCGUUGGUUAUGCACAGGAAGAUACGCCUAAGGCCGAUAUUCCGGCCGUGGUCGGCGUUGGACCAGCCACCCAUAUCCCUGAACCUGAGGAGAAGGUUCCCGACGGCAAUGUCACGCAAAGCGGAACAAAAGCAGGUGGUGAUCUCCGCCACUACAUAGAUGUGACAGAGCUGCAUGUGCCCCGCGCCGGCAUGGAGGUCCACACUUACAUGAAGGAUGGACAGGUCGACAACUGGGACCUGUUUGAAAAGAUGCUUGAUUACUGCUAUGCUAAGGUAAUCCGUUCCCCAUCAGAGCACCACCCAGCUCUGUUCACGGAAGCUGUGUGGACGACGAGACCAGCUCGGGAGAAGCUAGCUGAACUGCUGUUCGAGAAGUACCAGGCGCCAGCCUUCUUCCUGGUGAAGAGUGCAGUACUGGCUGCGUUUGCUAAUGGAAAGAGCACGGCUUUGGUGGUCGAUGCUGGGGCCAGUCAGACUUCUGCUGUGCCCGUUAUUGAUGGAUAUGCGCUCGUGAACGCGGCCGUCCGGUCCCCGAUAGGGGGCGACCACCUCGCGGCGCAGGCCAAACAUAUGUUGUCCAACAUGCAUAUACAGAUGCUGCCCAUAUACAGUAUACAGAGCAAGGAAGUGAUAAGAGAGCGCGAGCGCGGGCGCUACACGCUGAAGACCCUCCCGGCGGGCCUCACGCACUCCUGGCAACAGUACAUGCUCAAACGGCAGUACGAGGACUUCUGCCAUUGUGUGGCACAGAUAUCUGAGAGCCAGUACGAGGAGCGCCAGGCGGCGUCGGUUCCGUUCACGCACUACGAGUUCCCGGGCGGCUACCACCAGGACUUCGGCCCCGAGCGGUUCAAGCUCACCGAGUGUCUCUUCGAGCCCACACUCGGGGCUCCGCAUUUAGUAUGCGCGGCUGCGGCAGCGUGCGACGCGGACGCUCGGCCCGCGCUAUGGGGAGGCGUAGUAGCGUGCGGCGGACUGGCCGCCACGCCGGGCUGGCUGGAGCGCCUCGCCAAGGACCUCGCCGCGCGCGCGCCCUCCUCGCACCGCCUCAAGACCACCGCCGCGCCCAACCCCACCGAGCGACGCUUCGCCGCCUGGAUCGGUGGGUCCAUCCUAGCGUCGAUAGGUUCCUUCCAGCAGAUGUGGAUAUCUUCGCAGGAGUACGACGAGGGCGGCAAGGGCCAGCUGGAGAGGAAGUGUCCGUGAUGUAGCACUGUGUACAUAUAUAUACACACGUUCUUAUAUACUAGUUGAGGAUAGCUGGUACAUGUAAUUAUAUAAGGAUUUUGUACGAGAAUCCACGUUUAUUUGUGAUACCCAGAGUCGGAUUGAACCUAUAGAGUGGCCUAGGCAAGUGUAAUACCUCAUAGGUUAUAUUGUUUUUGUUUAAAAAAAAAAAUGUUGCCCCACAUUAGGAUUUUCUCCUGUAUCGUGGGUGCGUUUACAAACAUACAAGUUCACAUGCACAUUACACCCAGACCCGAAACAACAAUUUGUGGAUCACACAAAGAGUUGCUCCGUGCGGGAAUCGAACCCA